UAUCAAUCACCCCUGCAGACAUACACAGAAAAAAGAAUUUAUUAUGGCGGUGCCGGAAAAGAGAUCAUGUGGUGCAGACACGGCGGCGGCGGCGGCGGCGGAGGAGGAGGAGAGGUUGUUGAUGGAGGAGAUGACUGUAUUGGAUUUCGACAUGCUCUGCUCAACAGUUGCCAUGCAGGCGCACAAGGGUAAAUGGGGAAAGUUGAACGGAGUUAAUAAUAAAGAAGAAGAAGAAGAAGACAAUCUUGAUUCGGAUUAUGAUUAUGGAGGAGGAGGAGUUCAUAGAAUGUGGGAAGGUGAUCUUGUUUAUGACUUCUUACAACAUCGACCAAUCGCUCUUCAAUCCACCUGUUGCCCAUGUUACAGAUUUGGCAAGAAUAUGAGACGAGCUGGAUUUGGUUCUUGUUUUGUCCAGGGAUUCAUUUACUUGGUUCUUGCACUCGUUGCCCUGUUCAGCCUAGUCGCGUUCAUCGUUACCAGAAGAUGCUAUUUUCUGUAUCUGUGUAUUUCCUUCACUGUCUCAGCUGGUUUAUAUCUCGGGUACUACCGAAUCCAGAUUAGAAACAAGUUCAACGUUAAAGGUGGGGAAAGUUCUUUCGACGAUUGUGUUUACCAUCUCAUUUGUCCCUGCUGUACUAUAUCUCAGGAGUCGAGGACAAUGGAGAUGAACAAUGUCGAAGAUGGGAUAUGGCAUGGCAGAGGAGACAGUGCUAUAUGCAUCGGAAGCAAACCUUUUAUUAAUGUCUCAACAAAAUCUCCAGAAUUCACUACCAUGCAGAAAAUUACCUCAAAUAAUUAGUGACAGCGCUCGUUUAUCAGCCUGAGUGAUCAUUACGACUCGUAUUUCUGUAUCAUGUGCUGAUAUAGUGAAUUAUCGAAGGGGUCUUGAGUAAUUUGCUUUAGCAUCCCAAUUAAUGUAAACUUGUAAUUCAACGAGGAAAUAAUCGACGAGAUUCUGUACCAUUUCUAUUUUUAUUAUUAUUUUGUAUCAGUGGCACAA